AUGUCUUCGGCCCAAAACCGUGACCGGCAGUCGAGCGGCCCCAGCGACAAUGAUACUACCACUGCCACCACCAGCGACACAUCUUCCAGUAACAAUGGAGGUCACGACGACUCGGCACCAGCUCGGGCGGCUUCUUCACCCCGAGGCAUAACGAGGCCGAAAUGGUCGGGGAAGGAACCUUUGCCGAGACCGAAUGUCAAUGUUGGUGACCAGGUGCGAUCACCCACGUCUGCGUCGACCGAAGGGCAACUCAGUCCGGCUGCAGCAGACCGCGUCUUCCCCAUCCGUUCCGUUGUUUCUGUUGAUCCCACACCUACACCCGCGAACAGAUCUGAUAGAUCUGAGGGAUACUUUCAAAACGCCGCGCAAGCCAGGAGGACGUCGAUGGGUGCCAGCGAGUUGUUCAGUACCAGUAGCAGCAGCACUACCCCUGCCAGGUCAUCCCGACAUACGAGCGCGGAACGUGCUUCUUCGCCAAGAGGAACGGAUGAAGACUCCCUCAGGCAUAGCCGCCACGCCUCCAUGUCCAGUGCUGGGGAAGCUCCAUUGAUUCCCGGGGUGCAACCCGAUUCCCAGCGAGUGCUGAAUGACAUUGUCAACGACACCGCCAGCGAAAAGUCAGCGCCGAGUCAGAGGCCAUCAUCGCGGCGACCCCCUUCAGUAAGGAGCACGAAGAGCAGUCUCGAUGAUGCCGGCGGCUUGGUGACAGCGCGCUUCAAACACGUCGUGUCCGAAGGUGGCCACGCAAUCAUUACUGGUCGAGACGGCGAAACCCUGCAACGCUGCGAAGACGAGCCAAUUCACAUUCCAGGCGCAGUGCAAGGCUUUGGACUACUCAUUGCACUCGAAGAGCAACAAGAAGGCAAGCUGGUGGUUCGGGUGGUGAGUGAGAAUUCGAAACGCAUGAUCGGGUACACUCCAAGGCAGCUUUUCGCGCUCGACAGCUUCACGGACAUCCUCUCAGAAGAGCAAGCCGACAAUCUACUUGAUCACGUGGAUUUCAUUCGAGAUGACGAAGUAGAUGUGUUGAUGAACGGGCCAGAAGUCUUCACCAUGUCAAUACGAAACGCUCAGCGCAAAAGCCAGAAGUUCUGGUGUGCCAUGCACGUCAACGAAGCACACCCCCAUCUGGUGAUAUGCGAGUUUGAGCUCGAAGACGACCCGGUGAACCCUCUUGUGCCGCCCAAUGACUCGACGCCAGAACCGCCCGAGGAUACCUUGAACAGCAUGCCGACGGAGGAGGAGUAUGCCGAGAGCACUCAGAACACCAGUCGGCCUCUACGGGUGCUCCGCAGCGCCCGCAAACGAAAGGGUGAGGCGGCAGCCAUGGAAGUUUUCAACAUCAUGUCUCAGGUCCAGGAGCAAUUGGCCGCAGCACCCAAUCUGGAUAGAUUCCUCAAGGUUUUGGUCGGUGUGGUGAAAGAGCUCACUGGAUUCCAUCGUGUCAUGGUCUAUCAAUUUGAUCAGCACUGGAACGGACGCGUCGUGACCGAAUUGGUCGACCCUCGUGCGACCAAAGAUCUUUACAAGGGCCUCAAUUUCCCGGCAUCUGACAUCCCCAAACAAGCUCGAGAGCUGUACAAAGUCAAUAAAGUUCGCAUGCUCUACGACCGAUCACAAGAGACGGCACGACUUGUCUGCAGGACAGUGGAAGACUUGGAAACGCCGCUGGACCUCACAUAUUCAUACCUUCGAGCAAUGUCGCCAAUUCACCUCAAAUACCUUGCGAAUAUGGCAGUCCGGUCGUCCAUGUCCAUCUCGAUUAACGCUUUUGACGAGCUGUGGGGCCUGAUAGCGUGCCACUCGUACGGCUCCAAGGGCAUGAGGGUGUCGUUUCCUAUUCGCAAGAUGUGUCGCUUGGUCGGCGAUUCUGCGUCACGGAACAUUGAGCGCCUUUCCUAUGCCUCGCGUCUUCAAGCGCGAAAGCUGAUCAAUACUGUGCCGACUCAGAGCAAUCCUUCGGGUUACAUCAUUGCCUCAUCAGAGGAUCUACUGAAGCUCUUUGAUGCCGACUUUGGUUUGCUAUCCAUUCGCGACGAGACGAAGAUAAUGGGCAAUCUGGAGCAGUCUCAGGAGGCUUUGGCGAUGCUGGAAUACCUGCGCAUGCGAUCCAUCAGCAACGUCAUGACUUCGCAAGAUAUCAAGGAGGACUUCCCAGACCUGCGUUACCCUCCCGGCUUCAGCGAGAUUGCAGGUCUCCUGCUAGUGCCCCUGUCCGCUGGAGGUCAAGACUUCAUUGUAUUCUUCCGCAAGGGGCAACUCAAGGAGGUCAAGUGGGCGGGAAAUCCGUACGAAAAGUUCAUCAAAGAAGGCACUGAAGGGUACCUAGAGCCACGCAAGAGUUUCCGCACCUGGAGCGAGACCGUCGUUGGGAAAUGUCGGGAGUGGACAGAGGAAGAAAUUGAAACUGCAGCCGUUCUGUGUCUGGUUUACGGAAAGUUCAUCGAGGUCUGGAGGCAGAAAGAGGCUGCGCUACAGAACAGCCAACUCACGCGACUCCUCCUCGCAAACUCGGCUCAUGAAGUAAGAACUCCGUUGAACGCCAUUAUCAACUAUCUCGAGAUUGCUUUGGAGGGCUCGCUGGACCAGGAAACGCGGGACAAUCUGGCAAAGUCACACUCUGCCUCAAAAUCCCUCAUCUAUGUCAUCAACGAUCUUCUUGACCUGACCAAGACGGAAGAAGGGGGCGAGCUCGUCAAGGACGAAGUGUUCGAACUCAGUGCAACCCUCUACGAAGCGACUGAUAUGUUUAAAGGCGACGCCAGGCGCAAAAACAUAUCUUAUGAAGUCACCGACGCUCCUGGUCUUCCCCGUCAAGUUGUGGGCGAUCAAAGACGAAUUCGCCAAGCUAUAUCCAACGUCACCGCCAAUGCGAUCCAGAAUACGACCGAGGGCGGCGUGAAGGUUGAGAUGUACGUUGCAUCCAGAGAAGACAACCACGUUGAUGUGGAGGUUAGCGUAUCAGACACGGGCGUAGGAAUGACCGCGAAGAAGCUGGAUGCGCUGUUUCGAGAACUCGAGCAAGUCCAAAGCGAGACUGCAAACAUGCUCUCGGAGCCCAUCAUCACAGACAAAGCACUGCCUGAGGCUGUUAGGAAGGACGACGACAGGACGCUUGGCCUCGGACUUGCCGUGGUUGCGCGUGUUAUCCGCAACAUGAACGGCCAACUGCGAUUGAAAUCUGAAGAAGGCAAGGGAUCAAGGUUCAUCAUCCAAUUUCCCUUCGAAAUAGCAGAUUCGGGGCAAGGCCAACAAACUGUGGAGGGCGGAAGUUCUCAAGGAUCGGUAACACCCCUCGGUGAGCAAGUGCCGACCACACCACCAAUUGAGGGCAUGGUCACUCUGAUCGAGCGCGGCAGUGGGAGACGAAACUCUGACGAGCGUGGCCAGUUGUCUCGCAAGAACAGUAGCGAGAGUGCGGCUAGCAAGAAGAGCCUUGGCAGCAUGAAAUCUGCACGCAGCACGCUCAGCAAGUCAUCCAACAAAAGUGGGAAGAGCGAAGCGGACAGGCUCAUCGAGGCCAUACAAGAACCUCAUCGAGUGGAAGGCUGGCAUGAGAACAGACCAAGCAACCGCAAUAGUACCGAGGUGACCCGACCUAAACUCGAUCACAGGCACACGACCAACCUAGCCGAGACCACAGGGUCACCAGGGAAGUCACGAUCUAGGAGUAUCGAAACCGCGCCUGUACCUGGUCAUCUCCGCGAGACGAAGCUGCAGAAGGCCGGCGAAAGCAGCAUCGCCGACUCGGGCACACCGUUGCGUCCUGUCAGAGUACCAAAUGACUACCCAUCCUCACCUACUUCGACAUCUACUCGCCCACUCACUGCUCCCUCGUCACGCACCGGAUCGACGAGCAGCAAACGCGAGCAAAUUGCUUCACCAACGUCCGCAACACCAGCAUCUGGUGUGACCAUCAUGCGUGUACUCGUCGCAGAGGACGACCCCGUGAACAGUCGAAUUAUCAAGAAGCGUCUUGAGAAACUUGGCCAUGAAGUGACACUUACCGUCAACGGAGAAGAGUGUGCGAGCACGUACUGUGAGAAGACCAACUUCUUCGACAUCGUUCUCAUGGAUAUGCAGAUGCCCAUCGUGGACGGUCUCACCUCUGCCAAGAUGAUACGCUCCUUCGAGAAGUCUCAUCCUAGCGGAAUUCUCUCCGAAUACGCUGCUGCUAAUGGACGAGUACCCGUCAUUGCAGUGUCUGCCUCGCUUAUAGAGAAAGAAAGAAAGAUAUACAUUGAUGGCGGCUUUGACGGAUGGAUCUUGAAGCCGAUCUCCUUCCCACGGCUUUCCGAGAUCAUGGAAGCGGUCAUGGACCAGCAAGUACGCCAGGAGAACUUGUACCAGCCUGGUUCCUGGGAGCGUGGUGGAUGGUUCCACAAAGGUCAUGCAACACCUUUGCAAGCAGAUACUCAACCGAGUGAGGACGUGCCACAGAAGGUUCCUGGAGUUGACGCGCCUGAUGACAUCAAAGUCGCCGCGGCGAUUGAUGACCCAACGGUGAAAGAGGAGGCGACGAGUGAACAGACUCAAGAACAGAACCGACUCAUCGAAGAGCAAGACAAAAAGCAGGAAGCCGAGCAGCCAUCGCAGGAUGGAAACGUGGUCACAGCAGCACCUGAAGAACAGAGUUGA